AUGGAAUUCUGCAUACAAAUAUUUCUUGAAAAUUCAAGUGUCCUGUUAAUAAAAAAUAGCAAACCAAGAUUUCCAAAUCUUCAACCAAAAGAUUUUGAGCUCGAUGCUAAACGGUAUGUUUGCUUAAAAAAUGAUAGCUCAACAAACUGUGAUAAAAAGACGGCGGAAUUUAAAGAAAAUAUAGUCAACGAACUAAGAAGAGUAUUCACGGAUGAGAGUAAUAUUCUUAGAAUGGGAAAACAAAACCCUUAUAAUGUUCACUUUAGAGGGUUCCGAGGAAAUUUUUUAGAGAAACCCCCUGAGAAAGUAUUAUGUCAGUUACAUGACACUGCUCUACGUACGCUUAAACGAGGUGAUGUAAAACAUCAUCCGCUCAAGGAUUUUAUUCCCAAAAGAGCGCUUUUUGAAAAUAAAAGGUUUAAUAGCUGUGCGAUUGUCGCUAGCGCUGGAUCUCUUAAAGACUCCAAUCUUGGCUCACUUAUAGAUGCUCAUGAUCUUGUAUUAAGGUUUAACAAUGCUCCCACCAAAGGUUUUGAAGCAGAUGUCGGCAAUAAAACUACGAUUCGUCUGUUAAAUUCUCAAGUUGUAUCGAAGCCUCAAUUUAAUUUUUUAAAGGCAAACCUGUACAAAAAUGUAACCAUAGUAGCAUGGGACCCCAGUAACUAUUCUUCUACCAUAAAUGAGUGGUUAGAAAAACCAGAGUUUAAUUUAUUUACUAAUUACAUGGCGUUUAGAAAAACUGACCCCAAGUCUAGAACGUUCCUUUUAAAUCCGAGCAGUGUUUGGGAUGUCUGGGAUUUCCUUCAGAAUAAUUCACCGAGCAUGCUACGACGUAAUCCACCUUCAUCAGGAUUUUUGGGUCUUCGUUUGCUGUUACCAUUCUGCAGUUUCGUAGACGUUUUUGAAUACGUUCCUUCGGCGAGAGUUACCAGGAGAUGCCACUACUAUGACCCUGAAGACAAUCCUUCCUGCACAUUUGGUGUGUGGCAUCCUUUGGCAGCAGAGAAGUUAUUGGCACUGUAUAUUAAUACGGCAGACGAUAAAGCAGUAUUUCAAACCGGAUAUAUACGAAUUUUAGGCUCGAGAAUGGCAAAAUGUCCCUGA